AACAAAGACAAUGUGAACUAAGGAGGGCGCUGCUGUUCGUAAUAGUUGUGAAUCACACGUGAUGAUGUAACUUGGAAGUAAACUAUCUGGAUCAAUAGAGUUAGGCUUUCAUCUCUCUCAGUUUUAUUAUUGAGACAACGAUUUGGGUAAUUCAUUGAUACCCCUGGUGAGACAGUCAAGAAAGGUCGAAUAAUGUUGUCUGUUAUGAGGAAUGCACGACUGGCGCAGGGUCUUCUCCGCCGUCAGUGCAUGUUAACAUCAGAGGUACAAGUAAGGUCAGCGUCAGGUGGACAGGUCAAUACGGUCAUUCUCUUUGUGCCACAGCAGGAAGCAUGGGUGAUCGAGAGAAUGGGCAGAUUUCACAAUGUGCUGAGUCCGGGUCUUAAUUUCCUGAUUCCAGUACUCGACAAGAUCAAAUAUGUUCAGAGUCUGAAGGAAAUCGCUAUUGAUAUACCAGAACAGAGUGCUAUCACAAAUGACAAUGUAACUCUUCGCAUAGAUGGUGUGCUGUAUCUAAGAGUGACUGAUCCUUACAAGGCGAGUUAUGGUGUAGAGGACCCAGAGUAUGCAGUGACUCAGUUAGCACAAACCACCAUGAGAUCUGAGAUCGGUAAAAUCACCUUGGAUCAAGUCUUCAAGGAGAGAGAGUCGCUUAAUAUCUCUAUAGUAGAGGCCAUAAACAAUGCUGCCGUGGAGCCAUGGGGCAUCAAGUGCCUCCGCUAUGAAAUCAAAGACAUUGAGCUUCCAGACAAGGUGCAGGAAGCCAUGCAGAUGCAGGUUGAAGCUGAGAGGAAAAAGAGAGCCGUCAUAUUACAGUCUGAAGGUGUUCGAGAAUCAGAAAUCAAUGUGGCAGAGGGAAAGAAACGAGCCAAGAUCUUAGCAUCCGAGGCCUUACAACGAGAGCAGAUCAACAUGGCGUCUGGUGAAGCUAAUGCCAUCAUCGCUAAGGCCCAGGCGCGAGCCGAAGCCCUUGCACUUGUAGCUGAAGCUAUUGGGAAAAGGGACGGAGGUAAUGCAGCUUCCCUGAAUGUAGCCGAGCAGUACGUAGCAGCGUUUGGUCACCUCGCUAAAACGGGGAAUACCAUACUUUUACCGACUAAUACAGGAGACAUCAGUAGUAUGGUUGGACAGGCAAUGGCAAUUUACGGCAAUCUCAGUAACAAGCAAACGGCGGACGCACAAAAGGCCAUAACGGACGGAAUAGCAGAGGAGACGGAGAGAGAAGAACUCAAACUAAUCAAAUCAGCGGAGAAAGACCUGAUGAGGAAUAUAAAGCAACAAGAAACAGAGCUCAGGAACAAAUUCACAACAUCGCCGGAUCAGGAUAAAAACUGAUGCAUCUUAGCUUGAAACUCGCCCCCCCAUCCACAAUAAACUUUUUGAUACCGAGUUAAUGGCCGUUGGCUAUGAGUAAGCAAGGGCGACUAGUUCAAUUUACUACUCGACUAGUCUUGCCUCAAAUUGUCGCCACUUUGACACCAGUUGCGACUAAUUUUAAAUUCCCGAGAUGCAUUGCGGCAUAAUGUUUGCCGCAUGCGCAGCAUAGUAAAAUAGGAUUGAAGUAUUGUGUCACUAAUGUCUGGUUGUGUUUCGUAAGUAAAAUAUGUUGUCAUGAAUAGUCGUGAGCGACACAAUUGGUUCACCAAACAGGUAGUUGCGACUAUUUUUGUAGUAGUCGUGGGGGCACGAUUAGCUAUGAGUGUCAGUAUACUUGUACAUGUAUUUGAUAUCAUGGCCAAUCUUUGUCAUUAUCACAAGGAGAAAUGCAUCCUUUUCUUGAAGAGAUGAACAUAGCUGACAUUUCCCUUAUCUGUGUUUGACAUCUUGAUUAUGAUUAUUGGUGCCUUUAUAGAUACUGUCUGUAUUGUGUAGUGGCUGGGCAUGUCCAUGUAAUAGUAUAACAAAAAAGAGUAGGAAGACCAUGAACUGUGUCACUUAAUUAUACAAAACUACCAACAUUAUGGUCAUAUCCUUUUCUCUGAAAAGAAAUUGUGUAAUUUUUUAUCGGAAAGCCCUCUUGUUAUUAAGAUGGUUAUGAUCAUCCCGCGGUCUACCAGACCCAAGCGGUGGUGUUGUCAGCAGCAGAGUGUGGGUUCGAUACCUGGUCGCUACACUUGUGCCCUUGAGCAAGGCAAUUGACCAUACAGCGAGGAUCCUCGUGGAUGAUACCCAUGCCUACAUUCUUAACGGACAAUGAAGAGGGUAACACUGUUGCAACCCCAGGAGUAGGUGGCAACGUGCCCCUGGUGGCAGUUGAUUUGGGUUGAAGUGGCCGUCCGUGGCUUUGUUUUGUUAGGUGAUCUCUCAUUAAAAAAACAAGGACAGUUUAAAAUUUUAAAAGUUAUGUGGAAAAAGUUUCUGAAAUUUUGGCGAUCAUUGGCAGGCACAGAGCCUUGUUCAUCUCACUAAAAUAUGUGGAUGGAUUUAACCUUCAUGAUGAAGUUUUCUCAACAAAUUAGACACUUUAGUAAACUGAAACAUACACGGGUGACUUUGGUUACACUUUCCUUGAAAAUGUUUGCCUGUAAAUCAGCAUUACGUUGACAGAAAACAGACGUUGAACCCUACAUUUCAGUUGAGAUGGCAUGAUGUUAUUUUAAUGCACUGAUUUCUUGUUUGCUACAGUGUCUAGGGUAAUGUAUACAACUUAUACGUUUGAUACAAUUCGUAAUAACUUUGUUAAUCAGCCAUAUACCAUGAACAAUAAAUAAAUUUGUUUUAAA